AUGACCACGGCUGUUUUAAAAUUUCAGUCGUCGCCAGGAAACAGUCUCACGGCGCGUGCUCUACUAGACUCUUGUUCGAACGCCAACUUGAUGACUUCCAAUUUCGCGACUCGUUUGAAAUUGCCUACGAAUAAAUGCUUCGUCAACAUUGGCGCGGUCGAUAACACAAGCGUUAUUUCGGAUCGGUUUGCGAAGGCGGUCUUCUAUUCCACAUACAACAACGUCCGAUAUCAAUUAAACUUUUUAAUCGUGCCUGAAAUAGCAAAUAGAAUACCGAAUGAAGUCUUUCCUCGAGAGCAAUUCCACAUUCCGCGAAAUAUAAAAUUAGCGGAUCCGCAGUUUCAUAUUCCGAGAGCAGUCGACGUGCUGUUAGCAUCGGGUACUACUUUGUCAUCUCUCGCCAUCGGGCAAAUAGAAUUGGAAAUUCCGCAAUCGAAAAUCACUCUUCAAAAAACAUCCUUUGGUUGGAUAGUCGCGGGAGGUUCCACGCCCGACGGGACUCUCAACAACGUAACAUGCAACGCGGUAAAACUCGAUCAGUUGCUCGAGAGAUUUUUCACGAUUGAAGACCUUGAUUAUCAACCUAUCAAGGCUCCCGACGAUAUUGCGAGUGAAGAACACUAUGUCAAAAAUACGACGCGCGAUGAGUUCGGGCGGUAUACAGUUCGCUUACCUUUUCGAGACAUUAAUUUCGAUCUUGGCACUUCCAGAUUGCAAGCGUUAAAAAGGUUUCACGCGUUAGAAAGGAAAUUUCAAGCUAAUCCGCGUCUUAAGAUCGAAUACGAGAAAGAAAUUAAUAGUUACUUAGAAUUAGGGCAUAUGACGUUGUGCGAUAGCGAUAACGACGAAGGAUAUUAUCUGCCGCAUCAUGCGGUUCUCAAGGAAUCAAGCGAUACUACCAAGUGCCGGGUAGUUUUCGACGCGUCGGCCAAAUCCUCGACCGGAAUUUCGUUGAACGAUGUAUUAUUGACAGGGCCCACGAUUCAGGAAACUCUUUUGAAUCAAAUCUUUCAUUUCCGCACAUAUCCUUUCGUCCUCACUGCAGACAUCGAGAAAAUGUAUAAGCAGGUGUGGGUUCAUCCGAGCGACAGACGGUUUCAAAAGAUUUUUUGGUAUCACGAAGACAAAGUGAGGUCGUUCACUUUGAACACAGUCACAUUCGGCGUAAAAUGCGCUCCGUUCCUCGCGAUCCGAACAUUGCAUCAGCUAGCUACCGACGAAGAAGCCGUGUUUCCUCGAGCGGCAAUGCUACUCCGACGGCGCUUCUACGUUGAUGAUUUCUUAUUCGGCGCGGAAACGUUACACGACAUUCUAACUAUCCGAGACGAGAUGAUCCAACUCUUAAGUCGCGGAGGCUUCGUGAUUCGAAAAUGGUCCUCUAAUCACCCGUCCGCAUUGGAAAACAUCGAUAAGAAAAUUUUCGAGCUUGACUGCGGUAUACAAGGAAAUCCCAUCAAAAAGACGCUCGGAGUCAUAUGGGAUUCGCAGCAUGACGUAUUCACAUGUUCGGUAGAGGUAGAAGACCCGGCUCUCGUCUCUACUAAGAGAAGGCUUCUCUCUCAAAUUGCGAAAAUCUUCGAUCCGCUAGGAUUAUUAGGGCCUGUCAUUUUGUACGCGAAGGCAUUAGUGCAGGAAUGUUGGAGGGCCAACAUUACUUGGGAUGAGUCGUUGCCUCAAUCCAUACAUACUAAAUGGGAAGCAUUAGCAGAACGGCUUCCGCUAAUUCAACAGCUCGCAAUACCGAGACACUUGCGUUGCGAAAAUUCGAAGGUUACCGAAAUCCACGGGUUUUGCGACGCGUCGUUUAACGGCUACAGCGCUUGUUUGUUCGUUCGCUCUAUCAAUGCAACCGGACGCGUCACUAUGAGGCUAGCUUGCAGCAAAUCUAAAGUCGCUUCUCUGAAUCACAACACAAUUCCGCGACUAGAACUAGCGGGCGCAACGUUAUUAAAAAGAACAUAUGUAAAUUAUCGAAAUCAGCUGGAUUUCCCGAUCAAGCGAGUGAUUUUUUGGUCCGAUUCAAUGAUCGUGCUAUGCUGGCUUAAGAAACCUCCUCAUGUUUUAAAGACGUAUGAGUCUAAUAGAGUUAAAGAUAUUCAGCAAUUAGAUAAGGAAGUUGAAUGGAGACACAUACGCUCGAAAGACAACCCAGCUGACUCGUUAUCUCGGGGACAACUACCGGAUCAUCUUUUAAACAAUUCGCUCUGGACGUCGGGUCCUCAAUGGCUAAAGCUACCGGAAAACGAGUGGCCCCAGUCGCCUAUCAUUUCAUCUCCAGUUAAUUCGACCGGGUUCAAAGAAGGAAUAGUGUUGCUCAAUUCACUAGGUGGAGCCGAUAUUUAUUCUCGAUUUUCGGAUUACGGUCGCUUAAUACGAUCAAUAGCGUAUCUUCUCCGUUGGAGAAGGAAAGAACCCUUACGCGACAGCGUUCCGACGACGGAAAAAUCAAAAAGGGGAGUUCGCUACCUCUCCUCAGCGGAAAUCGCUUAUGCAGAGCGUCUGAUCCUUCUCUUGAUUCAGCGAGAAAACUUUAGCACAGAAAUCAAACUUCUACGAUCCAAUGACAACAAGGCGACGGGAACUCUUCGUGGCACUUUUCGAAAUCGAACCAAGUUCGAUGAAAUUAGUCCUUUUUUAGACGGCGAUGGGCUGAUUCGCGUGGGUGGCCGGCUAAAAAAUUCCAAUCUUCCUUUCAAUCAGAAGCAUCCGAUACUACUUCCGCAAGGGCAUCACGUGUCCGACUUAAUCAUUAGCGAUGCGCACCGUCGGAAUUUGCACGGCGGCAUUCAGUCCACUCUUCAUACUGUUCGUGAGAGAUUUUGGAUUUUAAACGGAAAGAAUCAAGUCCGACACAUCGUUCAUAGAUGCGUGCCAUGCAUACGCCAAAAACCACGGUUUUCUCACGCGAAAAUGGCAGAUUUACCUGCUGCUAGAGUAACUCCCAGCGUAGCUUUCGCGGAAACGGGAGUCGAUUUUUUCGGGCCAAUUUUGAUAAAGGAAAAGAAAGAUCGUAAUCGCAGUUUUAUCAAAGCAUACGGUUGCGUUUUUGUAUGCAUGGCUUCGAAGGCUGUGCAUAUUGAAGUGGCUUCCGAUCUAACUACGGGAGGCUUUUUAGCCUGUUUUCGCCGAUUCAUCAGCAUUCGCGGAAGGCCACUCGCGAUGCACUCCGACAACGGAACGAACUUCGUUGGUGCAAACAAUGAAUUGAAAAAAAUCUACGACUUGCACGCAACGGCAGAAUUCAAAAACGCGAUUCAGGAAUACGCUAUCUCCAAGCGCAUUGAGUGGAACUUCAAUCCACCUCUCUCUCCGCACUUUGGUGGGCUCUGGGAGGCGGCAGUCAAAAGUUUUAAACAUCAUCUCAAUCGCAUGAUGAAGGAUCAGUCGUUUACGUACGAGCAACUCGACACUCUGCUCAAGGAAAUCGCCGCGAUCUUAAACUCGAGACCGUUGUACGUGGACUCCGCGGAUCCAAACGACCCACUGGUCAUAACGCCUGCUCAUCUGUUAAUAGGGCGAUCAUUCAAUAAGUUACUUGAAUCCGAUGUUGUUUCAGUUUCAGAUAAUCGGCUGUCUAUUUAUCAACGUGUCACCAAAAUCCGGCAAGACUUCUGGAAGAGGUGGUACAAGGAGUACCUGCAUGAACUCCAAACUCGUCGGAAAUGGCUAACGUCGGCUACUGCACUAUCCGUCGGCUCCGUCGUCGUGUCGAUGGAAGACAACUCGGCGUGUUCCAGAUGGCCGCUCGGCGUUGUCCUCGAGGUGCACCCCGGAAGUGAUGGCAUCGCGAGAGUAGCAACGAUCAAAACUUCGACCGGCGUUUUUAAGCGAAACAUUACGCGUCUGUGCGUGUUACCAUUGGAGCAGACUAAGGAGCUCCAAACCGCGUUUUAG